AUGUCCCCCAUUCCUCUGUUCUUAUUGUCUGUAGUUCUAUCUGCAAACCAAGUUAGGGCUCAAAACAAUGAUUCCAACGUCAUAAAUUUGGGUUCUUCUCUCUCCCCAAAAACGAAUUCUACUUCAUGGGUUUCACUGUCGGGUCAUUUUUCCUUCGGCUUUUAUCCGCAAGAUAAUGGCUUUGCUGUUGGAAUAUGGCUAAUGGGUGAACCAGAAGGAACCAUCGUUUGGACACCAAACUUAAAAAAUCUAUCUGCUUCCUCUGAUUCAGUAAUUGAAUUAACCAAAGAGGGUCAGCUUCUGCUCAGAAACGAGAAACAGAUGGAAGUAGUCAUUGCUAACGCGUCUGAGCCUGCGGUUUCAGCAUCUAUGCUUGAUUCUGGGAAUUUUGUGCUUUAUAGUAAGAAUCAUAGUGUCGUCUGGCAAAGCUUUGAUUCUCCCACGGACACCAUAUUAGGAGGUCAGAAUUUAUCUGAGGGACAAAAUUUGACUUCUGCAAAUGGACAUUUUACUCUCAACAUGCAGAGUGAUGGAAAUCUUGUUGCCUACCCUGUGAAUAAUGAAAGAGAAGACGAUGCUUACUGGCACUCAAAUACUUCUCAACUACUUGUCUCACAACUUACUCUUAAUCUUACAGGCUUUCUUUGCCUCAGCGAUGAUGAUGGGGAUACCAUCAAAGUUCUGGCCAGUCGCAGCAAUCGCGGGAGGAACACAAGCUUAAUCUAUUGUGCAACAUUGGAUUUGGAUGGCAUAUUUAGAUUGUAUGUUCACACUUUUGAGAAGAAUACUGGCUUCACCAGCCAGAUUUUGUGGGAGGCUAUUUCUGAUCAUUGUCAAGUCAAGGGCUUUUGUGGCUUGAAUAGUUAUUGUUUCAUCGUGGCUGGCAAAGCUGAAUGCAAGUGUUAUCCCGGAUUCAGCCCAAUAAGUGGAAACAACAGCAUGUUCUUGGUUUGUGAUCAGACCAUGAAAAAUGAUUGUAUCACCAGUAGAGAUCCGAGGAUGCUAUACAAUAUUAGUAGCCCAUUGCAACAUAUGCAAUGGAGCCUUAUUCCUUAUUGGAACAUGCAAUUGGAAAUGGAAGCUUGUGGGAAGUCUUGCCAGGAAGACUGUGAUUGUGGGGCAGUGUUACAUGAAGAUGGCAGCUGCAAGAAGUAUAAGCUUCCGCUUGCUUUUGGCAGAAUUAAUAAUACUGUAUCAACCACAGCCCUCUUCAAGUUGCCUUCAAUGAAUGCCAUUCAUCCAAAAAAGCCAGAGGUUGUUGUUGACCACAAGAAAAAUCUAAUUUUUACUCUGCUCAUCGUUCUAGGCUCGAUUUUAUUCCUUUGCUUAGUCUUUGCAAUAUCUAUUUUCUUCAUCUACAUGCAUAAAGUCUAUUCAUACACAAAGCUCGCUGCUAGUAGCGAAAAUUUGGGGUUUGUUGAGGAUUGUAGUUUACGAACAUUUACCUUUGAUGAGUUGGUGAAUGCAACUAGAAACUUCAAAGAAGAGAUCGGUAGAGGAUCUUUUGGAGUGGUUUACAACGGAACAAUUCAAGGAAAUCAUCAAAGGAUAGCUGUGAAGAAAUUAGACAAUGUUGUUGACGAAGGAGAAAGAGAAUUUCAAGCUGAAAUCACUGCAAUUGCCCAAACUCAUCACAGAAAUCUUGUUCAGCUUAUUGGUUAUUGCAUUAAUGGUUCAAGAAAGCUUCUUGUUUAUGAAUACAUGAGCAAUGGGUCCCUAGCGGAUUUUCUGUUCAAGGCUCAGAUGCAUCUAUCUUGGAAACAAAGAGUCAAGAUUGCAUUGGAUGUCGCAAGAGGUAUCUUAUAUCUACACGAAGAAUGUGAAGUUUGUAUCAUCCAUUGCAAUAUCAAGCCUCGUGACAUUCUCUUGGAUGAAAUGUGGACAGCAAAGGUAUCUGAUUUUGGACUUGCAAGGCUAUCAAUGCCAGAACAGUCAAGAACCAGAAGUAGCAAUGAAUCAACAAGUGGCUAUGUGGCACCUGAACGACAAAAAGAUGCAUUGGCGUCUGUUAAAGUUGACAUCUACAGCUAUGGCGUGGUGCUGUUGGAGAUCAUAUGUUGCAGAAGGAAUAUAGACGUGAAUGCUCCUUCAGAAGAGGAAAUAAUGCUUUCUAGUUGGGUAUAUAAUUGCUUUGUGAGAGGGGAAUUGAAUAAAUUGGUAGUAGAUGAAGAUGUGGAAUGGAUUACAUUGGAGAGAAUGGUGAAGGUGGCCUUAUGGUGCGUCCAAGAGGACUCAUCUCUACGUCCUUCCAUGAAGAAUGUGAUAUUGAUGUUGGAAGGGUUGAAACAUAUUCCAAUUCCUCCAUCUCCAAUGCCUCCUAUGGUUUGUGAAUAG